GGGGAGGACGGUCCUAAUGGCGGAAGCGGAAAAGGCGGGACCUACGAAGCACGUUCAAUCAGUCACUAAGAGACAUCCCGGAGGCUGAGAAGUGGGCGCUUCUACGCGUGUUGGCCGCCCGGCGGCUUGUGAAGUUCCAGCCUCAUGGCGGAGAUAAUUCAGGAACGCAUAGAAGAUCGAAUCCCGGAGUUGGAACAGCUGGAGCGCAUCGGGCUCUUCAGCCGCGCGGAAAUUAAGGCUAUCAUCAAGAAGGCGUCUGAUCUAGAAUACAAAAUACAGAGGAGAACCCUUAUCAAGGAAGACUUUAUCAAUUAUGUUCAAUAUGAAAUUAAUCUUUUGGAGCUGAUCCAGAGAAGAAGAGCAAGAAUUAAAUAUUCAUUUAAGAAGGAUGAGAUUGAAUAUUCUAUUGUACAUCGAGUACAAGGUAUCUUUGGUCGUGCUUCAGCAAAGUGGAAAGAUGAUGUUCAACUUUGGCUGUCCUAUAUAGUUUUUUGUAAGAAAUGGGGUACCAAAGCUCAACUUAGCAAGAUAUUCUCGGCCAUGCUUGCCAUUCAUUCAAACAAACCAGCUUUGUGGAUUAUGGCAGCCAAAUGGGAAAUGGAAGAUCGUUUGUCUUCAGAAAGUGCCAGACAGUUAUUUCUUCGGGCUCUACGAUUUCAUCCUGAGUGUCCUAAACUCUAUCAAGAAUACUUUAGGAUGGAGCUGAUGCAUGCUGAGAAACUGAGGAAGGAAAAGGAGGAAUUUGAAAAGGCUGCCAUGGAGAUGGGGAGUUUUGAUCAUCCUGAAGAAAUCCUUGAGGGCGAGUUGGCACGAAUCAUUUACAAAAAUUCUGUAAGCAAGAUUAAAGGUGCAGAAUUUCAUGUGUCACUUCUUUCAAUUGCACAACUAUUUGAUUUUGCCAAAGAUCUACAAAAAGAAAUUUAUGAUGACCUUCAAGCUCUGCACACCGAUGACCCACUCACUUGGGAUUAUGUGGCACGGCGAGAAUUAGAGAUCGAGUCCCAGCCAGGUGAAGAGCAGCCUGUAUCAAAGCAAGCCAAAGCCGUGGAAGUGGGCCGAAGGGAGGAAAGGUGCUGUGCGGUGUACGAAGAGGCAGUGAAGACUCUGCCUACAGAGGCCAUGUGGAAGUGUUACAUCAACUUUUGUUUGGAAAGGUUUUCUAAGAAGACCAGUAGCGUACCCCUCAGGGGACAGAGGCUGGAAAGAACCAUGCUUGCAUUCAGGAAGGCCCGUGAACUGAAGCUCCUUUCUGAAGCCCAGUACAAGCAGUGGGUUGACUUGUUGCUGCGCCAGGACCUCUUUAAAGAAGCUUUGCAGGUGGCAGAAGCUGGGACUGACUUGUUCAAAGACUCUGCAACAAUGUGGCAGAUGAAGCUACAGGUGCUCAUUGGGUCAAAGAGCCCCGAUGUAGCUAUGCAUUUUGAAGAAGCCUUUGCACACCUCAAACCCCAGGCUUGUCUGCCCUUGUGGAUUUCUUGGGCCGAAUGGAGUGAAAGUGCUAAAAGCCAGGAGGACACUGACGCAAUCUUUAAGAGAGCUAUUUCAGCUGUCACAGGUGCCAGUUCAAUAACUCUGAAGGAGAAAUACCUGGAUUGGGCUUAUCGAAGUGGUGGCUACAAAAAGGCCAGAACAGUGUUUAAAAGUCUGCAGGAAAGCCGCCCGUUUUCAGUUGAUUUUUUCAGGAAAAUGAUACAGUUUGAAAAGGAGCAGGACCCCUGCAGGAUGGCAAACCUGCGGGAAUAUUAUGAGAGGGCGCUGAGGGAGUUCGGCUCUACUGAUUCUGAUCUUUGGAUGGAUUACAUCAAAGAAGAAUUGAGCCACCCCUUCGGUAGACCUGAGAACUGUGGACAGAUCUAUUGGCGAGCCAUGAAAAUGUUACAGGGACAGUCAGCGGAGCUGUUUGUAGCUAAACAUGCCAUGCAUCAGGCUGGCCACUAGCGAAGAGUACUACCAAUUCAGUGAAAUUGUAUUGCAAGUCCCUGGGGUGGUUUGUAAUAUGAGUCAGUGUAUGAAUUGUUGAGACGUGGCAGACAGGGUAGCUGACUGAUUUUGUGACAUACAAUUUGGCAUUACUCUUUGAUUCCAGAGAAGAGAACUGUCACUGCCUGUUAAAUCUAAAAUACAUGGAGAUCAUAUGCUUGAGUUUCAUUUCUUGUUCCAGGACAAGCACACACUGCUCCAAUCCAGCCUAGGUAUGAUGGAGCCAGUUCAAAUGCACAAGAAAGUAUAGCUUUGUGUGCUCUCUCCUUAUUGUGAGAGCCUGCAUACCCGGGAGACAGGAGGGACUAGGGCAGUGCAGAGAAGAAAGCCAUCUGUAAUCCAAAUGAGGUUGAAUCUAAGUGACUUGAUUUCCUGUAUCAAGAUUGGAUUUGUAUGUAUACAUUGCACAUAUUUGUACAUUCAGGAAAUAUGGGCCUUCCUUCACCUGCAGGAAAGGGAGACUUGGGUGAGGAACAGAGGAGGUGGUGCUGGGUGUGGGGGAGUUGUCCUUUAAGAAGAUUAAAGUAAUGCAGAAAAUGAUUUACCCCAAGGAUUGACAGCCAGGAGGAGGCCCAGAAACAAAAGGGCAGGCUGGGGAGUGGAGAAGUGCCCCAGUGCCCCCGUGGGGGAGAUGGAGGGAUGGCGGGGUGGCUUGGAACAAAGGAGGGCAUUUGGGGAGCAGGGAAGGAAAUUGCUUGAAAUAAAUCCUUUCACUUAUUUUGAUCCUGGGGAUAGAAGCUAAAUAUUUAUGCAUCUGAGGCAAAUGCUUUCCCAUUGAGACAACUCCUCAGCCUUUUUUAAUUUUCUGUUUUGAGCUGGUCUAAAUUCUUACUGGCCUUGAACUUUCAAUCCUCCUGCCUCAGCCUCUCAAGUAGCUGAGAUUACAGGCCUGAAUCACUAGAUCUGGUUUUAACUUAGCAUUUUGAUAUCACUGGGAAAGUAUUCAGAACAAGAUACUUAAUAUUAAGCCUUAAUUAAUAUUACAUUAUUUCUCAUGCUAUUAAAUGAACUUAAAAAACAUUUAAUGAAUUCAUAGCAUUCCAUUGUCUUACUUUAUGAAUGCCGUGUCUAGACCUUGCCAUUUAAUAUUUGUUUUCAUUAUAAAUGCUGUUUGUUGUAAUAUGAGCG